AUGAGUCUGCAAGCUUAUGAUGUGGUGGUGUUCUUUUUCUGUAUAAUUUUGGAUGUUUUUUUUCGCGAGAUAAGGCCUCGCGGGUCACAUAAAAUUCCAAAAGAAGGACCGAUAAUAUUCGUUGCAGCACCUCAUGCAAACCAGUUUGUCGAUCCUUUAAUUCUCAUGAAUCAUUGCGAAAGACGCGUGUCAUUUCUAAUUGCUGAAAAAUCCAUGAAAAGAAGAUAUAUCGGGGCAAUGGCACAAGCUCUCAAUGCCAUCCCAGUGACGCGUCCCCAAGAUAUGGCCAAACCCGGAAAAGGCCGUAUAAAAAUAUUAGAUCGCAAGACUGAACCAACUCGCAUAACUGGCAUUGAUACAACGUUCACCAAACAACUACACGUCGGUCAUCAAAUUGCACUCCCAAAAGACCGAGGAUCAUCAGAAGUAAUACAGAUUAUCUCUGAUACGGAAUUAAUAAUCAAAAAGGAAUUUAAAGAUUUAGUUGCUAUUGAGAUGCUGGGCAAACCUGAAGGCACUCCUUACAAAUGCAUUCCUCAUAUUGAUCAAAGUAAAGUAUACAAAUCGGUUUUUGCUACGUUAAAUGCUGGUCACUGUAUAGGAAUUUUUCCCGAAGGAGGAAGUCACGAUCGAACGGAAAUCUUGCCGCUAAAAGCCGGAGUUACGAUUAUGGCUUUGGGUGCAAUGGAAGCUAAUCCUGAACUUGACGUGAAAAUUGUUCCUUGCGGCCUUAAUUAUUUUCAUGCACAUCAAUUUCGUUCGCGAGCUGUGGUCGAAUUUGGAGCCCCAAUAUCGAUUUCACCGGAACUUGUCGAGAAAUACAAAAAAGGUGGCACAGAGAAACGUGAAGCGUGCGGAAAAUUGUUAGAUAUAAUAUAUAAUGGACUAACUGCUGUUACUGUCAAUACGCCUGAUUAUGAGACAUUAAUGGUCAUUCAAGCUGGUCGCCGUUUAUAUAAACCUGCGCAUAGAAAGCUACUUAUAUCACAAGUGGUUGAAUUAAAUCGGCGAUUUGUUGCUGGUUAUAUGCAUUUUAAAGAUGAUCCUCGUGUACAAGAGAUAAAGCAACAAGUGAUGACUUAUAAUCAGUUAUUAAAGUAUCAUGGAUUGAAAGAUCAUCAAGUAAAUAAAAAAGUUUUAGGCGGAAGAAGAUCCGCUGGUUUAUUGAUAUAUCGAGUUUUCUUGUUAUUUUUUUGGAGUGUUUUAGGACUGCCUGGUUUCGUAUUGAAUCUACCAAUAAUUGUAGUUGCGCGUCUUAUUGCUAGUAAAAAAGCCAAAGAAGCAGUCAAAGCCUCGUCAGUCAAAGUAGCUGGGCGUGAUGUUCUUGCAACAUGGAAACUUCUUGUGGCAUUAGUGUUCACUCCUAUAUUAUACGGCUUUUACGCAUUUAUUGUUUUUGGCAUCUCUGUUAAAUAUAACUGGCCUACAAAAUGGAAAAUAUUUGGUCCCAUUUUAUCAUUUUUCUUGAUGUCAGUAGGAAGUUAUACAACUAUACGUUUGGUUGAGACUGGUCUUGAUAUAAAGAAAUCUCUAAAACCUCUUUUGUUAUCUUUGUUACCUGGUAGAAGAGAUGAUAUACAGAAUCUUAGUGAAGUCCGCGAAAAACUAUCACAUGAUCUUACGGAGUUGAUCAAUGAGUUGGGACCAAAAAUCUAUGCUGAUUUUGACGCGGAACGUAUUGUGCAAGCUGAAAGACCACUAUCAUCCUCGACUACGUCAAACAAUACAAGUUUGUUCCAUUCACCGGUUAAUUGGCUAGAUGAUCAAGUCUUCAAUUGGGAAACAGUUGCAAAUUCCGAAUGCGAUGAUGUUUUCUUUUUCAUGGAUAAACAAAAUGGGAGUGUGACUGGUCGUAGUAGAACUAGUUCUUGGGCUGCCAGCGGACAAACGUCAAGAACACGUAGUCGUGCCAGUUCUGUUGGUGGGACUCCCGGUGAAUCAUUUCGUGUUGAGGCGAUGACAGAAUUGCCAAGAAACAAACCUUUUUCAGAAUUAACAGGUCGAACAAACGCGACAAUUCCUCGUGUUGAAGUGAGGGAUGUCGAUGAAGAUCUAGGCUACCAAGGAGACAAAGAAGAUGAAUCUAAAAAGGAUAUUUAG